AUCAUGCUCCUCUUCUUCUACUCCUGCUCGUCUUCCUCUUCUUUCUGCUCCUCUUCUUCCGCGUCCGCUUUCUCCUUUUUCUCCUCCUCCUCCUCGUCCUCUUCCACACAAGGAGCCUCUCAGCCGGGUGACCUUUUGACCCCUCCGCGGCUGGAGGCGGGCACAUUCCUCUGUCCUCCCCCAGGACUGCUGACUGACGGGGGAGGCACGCAUUUAAUUAGUGAGGAAGAAGCCUCGGGACGGACCGGUCAUCGCACCGCCCUCCUCCGGGCUGCUCCGGUGCGCGAACACAGCCGACCCCGCGGACCUCGCGCGCACCUUUGGGUCCGUUUGGAGAUAAAAGUCAAGCUGCGCGGGUUUUCGUGGGGAUUUAACGCGAGGCCGGUUUGCUUUAAAUGUGAGUUCAGUGGGUCUCAUACUUCGGUGUGAGGGAGCGACGGCAGUGGAACGCAGGCCGCCCCCCCGCGCCCCCCGCCGGGGUCCGAGUGAAAGUCAGAAGCCACCUGUCGUGGAAGCUUCUGACGGAUAAACCCGAGCUGCUGAAACCGGACUCCCGGACUUUAACGAGCCGUAUCUCCAGUCUAUGCGUCUCCGGGCCGCGCGCUGUGUGUUGGCGGUGAGCACGUUGCCAUGGUUACCCGGGAUCCGAUGAGGUCGGGAUGUCACGGAAGGACGCGGUGAGGUGUCUUCGCUGCCUGCUGUACGCGCUCAACCUGCUGUUCUGGCUCAUGUCAGCGUGUGUGCUGGGAGUGGCAGCCUGGAUAAGAGACUCUCUGAACACGGUGCUGACCCUCACAGCCCACACCAGGCUGGAGGAAGCAGCCGUUCUCACAUACUCUCCGGUGGUCCACCCCGUCAUCAUCACAGUGUGCUGCUUCCUCUUCAUCGUGGCCAUGGUGGGAUACUGUGGAACCCUGAGGUGUAACCUGCUGCUGCUCUCAUGGUACUUCUGCAGCCUGCUGGUGAUCUUCUGCGUCGAGUUGGCUAGUGCUGUUUGGACCUACGACGAGCCUCUGGUCCAGCGCUCUGAUAUGAUCAGUCUUAAGUCUCGGAUGCAGAACUUCGGCAUGCAGCGUUACCAGUGGCUCACACACACCUGGAACAGCUUCCAGACCGAGUUUAAAUGCUGCGGGGUGAUCUACUUCACUGAUUGGCUGGAGAUGACGGAGAUGGAGUGGCCCCCUGACUCCUGCUGCUCCUAUCAGUAUCCAGGAUGUGCUCGCCACGCCCACUACCAUGACCUCAGUGACUUGCACCAGGAGGGCUGUGGGCCAAAGAUCUACGGCUUCAUCCGAGGGACGAAGCAGCUCCAGGUGCUGCGUUUCCUGGGCGUGUCCAUCGGCGUGGCUCAGAUCCUCGCCAUGGCGCUCACACUCAUGCUCUUCUGGGCGCUUUAUUACGGGAGGAAGCCUCCAGAGCUGCCUGCCCUCACAGUGACACACGCCCCCCCCCCUGAAGACUCCAACCAGUUUGAGAUGGAGCGAUUGUCCUCAUCCGCCUACAGAGUCUAAAGAAGCUUGAUCACUUCCUGGUUCCAGAGACCGAAGUCGACCUUCUGUUCCUGUCAGUGAUGUCACUGUGACCUCAGGUACAAACUCAGAAGGUCAAAUGAUUGUUACGACAGGAACGAUGAAUGAAACUAUCAAAUGUGAGUUCUGAGAUUAGAACUUCCUGAACUUUAGAAGAUCAAAGGAUUCUGGGAUAUUGAGUCCUUUCACUGGGUUAGGGUUAGCAGGGUUAGCCUAGUGAAGAACAUCUGGACCGAUCAUGGUUGUGGCAACAUGUGCAUGGUGUUCUUUAAUAAAAUUGGUCUCAAUGUUAUUGAAACAUUAAAGCAGGACCGCCUGUGGACGUUUGAUUUAUUCACCUGAA